GAACGCAACGAGGAGGAGGAGGAGGUGGAGAAGCAAGCGGGAAUUGGGCAUUCGGAUUACGGAGUGCAUUGAGCUGGGUUUGAAUGGGAGACACACAGACGCACAGAGCCGAAACAUAUCCAGGCUCACAGUGAAGCCCCAGGCACACAGUCCAGGAUCAGCAAAGCAACUUGUUCUGAAGAGGGCAAGUGUCGACAAUCACCAGCUCCCCCUGCCCAGCUCCAAAAGUCUCUCUUCAUAAACAUCACAAAGUGACACACAAUGCGCCUGGAAUUCAGCAGCUGGUUGUUUGGGCUCCUCACUAUCCUCGCUAUCCUUCUGAUCCUGGCUGAUAUUUCCGAAGUGGAGAUGGAAUUCGGUAGAUUUUCAGAUGGAAGAAUGGCCAUGAGACCAACCAAGGAUGCUCUGCAGAAUCAGUGCUGCAGGGGAAAAAUGAGGAGAAAUACCUCAUCCGCUGUGUUCCAGGAGAGAACUGCGAGGAAGGAGACCAUCCAACCACAGGCAAAACUCCUUGACAUUCCAGAAUGGAAGCAUAAUACAAUGCUAACUGCAAGGAUAAGAAAAGACAUACUGAAAUUUCUGGAUGCAGAAAAGGACAUUUCGGUUCUGAAGGGCAAACUGAAGGCAGGGGAUAUUAUUCAUUAUAUAUUUGACAGGGACAGGACCCUGAAUAUAUCCCAUAGUCUAUACGAGCUGUUACCAAGGACAUCGCCAAUGAAAAAUAAGCAUUUCAAACAGUGCGCAAUUGUAGGAAAUUCUGGCAUUCUGCUCAAGAGUGGCUGCGGACAAGAGAUUGACGAUCACCAAUUUGUGAUAAGAUGCAAUCUUGCCCCAGUGGAAGAGUAUGCACAAGACGUUGGGUUGAAGACCGAUUUGGUAACUAUGAACCCUUCAGUGGUGCAGCGUGCGUUCGAAGAUUUGAAGAACGAAACAUGGAAGGAGAAGCUGCUUCAUCGGCUAAAAAUGUUGGAUGGCGGAAUUCUCUGGAUCCCUGCGUUUAUGGCUAAAGGGGGAGAGGAGCGAGUAGAAUGGGUCAACAAUCUCAUCAUAAAGCAUAAGCUCCAUGUGCAAACCGCUUACCCAUCGCUGAGGCUCCUACAUGCUGUGCGGGGGUAUUGGUUAACCAACAAGGUCCUAAUCAAACGUCCCACCACUGGCCUCUUGAUGUAUACUCUUGCCACUCGGUUCUGUGAUGAAAUCCAUCUCUAUGGCUUCUGGCCUUUCCCUAAGGACCACAAGGGAAAUGCAGUGAAGUACCACUACUACGACAGCCUGACAUAUGAGUAUAACUCAAAGGCUACUCCACACACAAUGCCACUGGAGUUCAAGACACUGCGAAAUAUGCAUCUUCAGGGUGCAUUGAAACUCAACAUCGGAGAAUGCAGGUUGACAACAUAGGGCUAGCAAGAAGGCAAAGCAAGGGGGAAGGCUUGCCAGUUGUGGCCAGUGUUAUGGCAUCAUCAGAGAAAAUGGAGGAUAAAAAGCCACCUUCAUACAGAGGGAAUCAAUCACUUUGUGAUUGGCCUCUGGUGGACAAGCGAUCAACAUUUAAUCACACUCUGAGACCGUUAACGUAAGAACAGGAACACAAACAUCUUGUUGUCAUUGAUGCAAGACAGAAGGCCCAACCUGAAGCUAUGACCGCAGGAUUGGACCCUUGCAAGCAAAGUGCUGGGUUUUCAUCUGUUAAGGCGGAACCUCAUCAAAGCAGACAUGCAUAUAGAAACAUGAAAUAUAAACACGUGAAUUUUGAGAAAUAUCAUUUUAUUUUGUCAAUAAAGGAUGUGUGGGACUUCUAGAAAGAUACAGCGAAUACAAUGGCCAGCAAAUACAAUUUGAAAAAAAUGGCAAAAAACCUCUAUAGUUGGACCGUAUAUUGGAAAGAUUCUGACACUUAAAUGUGAAGAACUAAAUCUCAACAGUUUACAAACUUGAAUGAAAGAACUGAAAAUUAAUAUUCAUUGAGUAAGAUUAAUUCAAGAGAAUGCUCCAAAAAGCAGAAAUUGAAUCAAAUGAUUCAUGCAAAUUUUCCAGAUCAUUGUUAUGUGAAAUUUGCGAUUGACUAUUACAAAGGGACUACUGCUUUCUGUAAAAGGCAUCUGCAGUUGUCUACAAUGGAUAUUGGCCAUAUGACUGUGCUGCAAUUCGCUGCAAUAUGGAGUCAGCUUUUCCUCUGGUAGAAAGAGUACAGUCCUUUAUAGUAGACAAGGACUACAAUUCAAUAUUGCAAAGGGUCUAUAAUUCACUAUAGUACAGAAUUUGCAAUCCACCACACUUGAGGGGCUGUUAUUCAUGAUUCCAUUGUCUCUAGUUCGUUGUACUACAAGGUUUCCAAUUCAUCAUGUUACACAUAUGCAAAUCAGAAAUUGCUGGGUCUGCAAUGGCUCUACAAGACAUAUAGAGUUGCUUUUCUCCAUAGUUGUUUUUCAAUAUAAAGCACUCUCCAAAAUACAUGCAUUGCUGAUUCUGCCAAUUCUCUACAAUAUUCAGAGAAUAUAGUUUCCUCUGUAGUUUACUGUUUUCUAUAACAUGUGUACAUGGGAUUUGCUAUUCCCAAACUCACACAUGGAGUUCUCUAUUCUCUAUGUCACACUUUCAGACUGCCUCAUGAUGUUUCAUUCUGGUUCUCUAUGGUUACCUCAUAUGCAGAACUAUAGGUGCUUAUCUAUAUGGGUCUAACAACAAACCCUUGUGGACCAAACAUUUUGGUGCAACUACACUUAAUGCUAUCGGAACAAUUAAUAGAGGAACUAUCACAAGAAAAUGACAAAGAUUCCGAAAGCUCCCAUAUAAUAGAAGUGGAAGGUAAUUCAGUAGUGGAUAUUUCAGUGGUGAGCUGACAGUAUACACUGGACCUAAUAUUCUCUCUAAUUUACACAGGAUCUGCUGCUGUCCAUAAUAUACAGUUGGGCUGCUAUUCUUUAUAAUGUACACAACGGUUUGUUAUAUACAUUUGAGCUGAUAUUCUCUGCACUAAACCUUUGAGCUGCUUUGCCAUUCUCUCUCAAACAGAAAUGUUUGUUGUUCCCUCAAAUGUACAGUAAAGUUGAUACUUUCUAUAAUAUGCACUGAACCUGAUUAUUCUGGCACUAAAAUACUAGCACAAU